UCACAUAUCUUCUCUUACUAUUAUCCCCUGCAUGCAAAAAUAAAACCAGUCAAAGCAACAUACCCCCAAAGCAUUUGAUUCAACAUAUCCCUGUGAAAAUGUCUUAUUCUUCAUGGAGUGGCGGGUUCUUGUCUCUUGACACCGAGGAAGUCAACUGCAUAUUAGGCAUGAAAGCUGAUGACGAUGAAGUAUCUAAUGGAAACACCAAAUCUGUAUUGAAAGAAGUGAAAGUUGAGGAGGAUGAAAUAGGGCAAAGCUCAAAGACCCAACCUGCUUCUCUGUUGAAUGAAUUAGGGCAAACCUCCGGAGCAAACCAUGAUGCGCUGCUGAAGGAUGUGAAAGUGGAGCGUGAUGCUGGCCAGCCUUCUCAGGUGAAUAACAAUGAUCAAGUGCUGCAGAAAGAGAUAUCAUGGGAAAAGGAGAUCACCAAGUCCCAAAUUAGAGGUCAUCAAGUGAUGCAAUUCCCUCAGGAGGUGAUAAAGAAAGCUCUAAGACCGGACAUAACAGGAUGCAGGCUGUAUGAUCUUGAAGACUUGUCUUUUUAUGAGUGUAAGAUUCUGAAGUCAAACAGAAAAUACGUGGAAAUGUAUCUUGGAUAUGGUUGGUAUGCAUUUGUACAGGACAGAAAGCUGAAGGUCGGUGAUAAGGUGGUAUUCAACUAUAAUUCAGACCAGGAAAUCUUGUACGCGAGGGUUGAGAGGAAAGUGAAGCAGACCAGCAAUUAAGUUAGCUUAUCUAUGUGUAUUUGUUUUUUCUCUUUGAUUUUAACUUAACUGUGGGUACCAU